UGGCAUAUUUAUGUCAGUUGUUAGAAGUCAGAAGUUAAAAGAGUUUGAUGGAGCCGGAGGGAGAGAUCUAGAAUCUAGACAGUUCCUCAGUCCUGAGGCCAGAACUUAUUUUGAAGAGAGAUCAUAGAUUCUAGACCUAGGCCUAAAUCUAGCUAGAUCUAGAUCAAGAUCUAGCCUAGCCUAUUGCAAUCAUCAACAAUGUGCAGCCAAGAUCACAAUGACUAUCCCCAUCUGAUGACACAGCGGUUCCUCCGAGAUUAUAUCAGGCUUUGUGAGACAGAGGAAGAACAGAAUUCCCUGUGCACAUUUUCCCAAGAUUCUGCUGAACAAAAACUUGUUGAGAGCUGUCAGUUUCUCUUGGAGAAACUAAAGUGUAAUGGUGAUCAAAGGGAAGAUCAGGAAAGACUGUUGGAGUUUUUUGUUUCUCUUGGUAAAAAUGCGAAACUGGACUUGGAUUGUCUGCAAAGUAAGGAGACAAGUGAACCCACCAUCUUCCCUGAAAUUAAAGGCAUUACUGGCAAAACGCUGAAAACUUGUCCUGCAAGCCAGUCAGGGAAUAAUAUCACAAAGUAUGAGAGCAAGGCGCAAGCUGUUUUGGAAAAAAUACAAGCUCAGAGGAAAGACCCUUUAAAGAAAUUCAGAGAAACUGCCAGUGUGUGUGAAAAGAAACUACUAGAACUGGAAAACAGGAGGAGUGAAAUUGAGUCACUCUAUGAGGAAUUUAAAGACUGUAAGUCAAAACUACAAGUCCUGGAAACAUCAAAAAGACAAUUGCAAAUGCCCUUGGAGAAGUUUGAAAAUUUCACUGAAGUGCCUACUGGGAGUGUGAGUCACCACAAGCGAGAGGAGAUUCUCAAGACAUACAUGGCCAUGGAGAAGAAUGAACAAGAAUUGAAGGAAAACAUCUUGGAGGGUGUCUUGUAUAGUUCAACUGAAAGGCUUCGUGAAUUUGUGGCAUUCUUCAAGGAAGUUGAGGAUUGUUUGGAAAGUUCUAUAAAAAAUUUGAGGCAGGCUUUCGCUUUUUCUCGGUGCACCUCGCUGCUGUUUGAGGACGACGAUAAAAAGUCUCUCAUGUGCAAUUUGAGUGAAAAGCUUCACAAAACGUUCUGCAUUGCCGAGAAUGUUGUCAAAGUGGCAGAUACACUGGUCUCGCAGGUCUCAAGUUCAGAGGAUCAGGUGUCACAGUUGAAUGAUUCCAGGAUGGAGCUCACUGAACUAUGGUGUCAGCUUAUAAAAGAAGCUUGGGUCUUUGAGUCAGAGCCUGAUCUACAGCUACAAUGCAAAGGGGGUUGCUUUGCUGCAAAGAGCAGAUUUACACUCAUCUUAAGACUGCUUGGUCACCAUGUACCCAUAAGAAAACAGGGAAUUAGAGCUGGCGUGAUUUUAGAGAAUGACUGCAGCAGUUCUUUAGAGAUACAAUCAUUGUGCAAGAUGAAGGAGGCAACAUUUUUUCAUGAAGAGGAUGGCUUCGACACAGUAAUCAAGUGGAUUGAUGUGGAUCUGUCAGAGUAUAGCAGGACAGCAAAGAGGAGCAAAGAGGACAAAUACUACUUGUUCUUUCACAGAAUCUGUGUGCAGCUGAAUUGCUCAGUGGUUGAAGAGAAAGUUGCUCUGUCUUGUUUUUCUCUUCCUUUCACGGUGAGAACAGGCAGCCCCCAGGUCUGGUCGUACACGGGCUCAGUGGUCUGGUACACAUGGGCAAAGGAGGACAUGCACCAGAUACCAUUUUCCUGCCCAAAAACACUGGAUCACUUUAUGGUGCUAGCUCUGUUGGAGGCCAAGUGCAAAGCAAAGUUUCCUGCUUGGGAACUUCAAGCAAGUGAAGCCUAUUCUCUGGGGAAAAUGAUUCAACUUGUGUCGACUCCUGAGAACCAAGUUUCUUUGCACAAGUUUACUGUGGAUGAUAUGCCACAUUCUAGAGAACACAAUAAAAGCCACAAGUGGCCUUUUUAUGCUUGGUUUUCUGCUGCACUCAACACUGCCAAAGCUUUUGAGAAAUUCGUCUUUGGAGACAAGGCUUUGGAAUCUCAGAAAGUAAAGAAACUAUAUUACUUUCUGGACAAAGAAGGGUUGGUCCACCUGGCCAGGAGACACCAGCUCCCCAAAGCAACGGCCAUAUUGAAAAUAAGCCAGAAUAGAGUUGACUCUCCUACUGGGGAAACUCCGAUGGCUGGUGUGAACGUGCAUAUUUGGACUGGAAAAGAAAUCUUUACCUGUCGCAUAGAGUUGGAAGCGAGCAAGGAGAAUAAGUACCAGUUGUGGCGAAAGAUUAUGCAAAUGAAAAUAAGAACUGGAAACGGUGACUCACUUCCUGAAUAUUUAUUGUGUACUGACAGCCAGAUGUUGAAGCUGGAACAGCCACCCCCAGUGAAGGAUGAAAAAAAUCCGGAUGGCUAUGGAGGACAACAGAGCCAGCAACCGGGCUACACUGUAUUGGAAAGCUCCUUUAAAAAACUUAAUGUGAAAGAAGAAGAUGAAGGUCUAGCCACAUCCACAUCUGCUAUAACUUCUCCUACCCAAACUCCAGAUGUUACUGAACCUUCAGCUUCUAAGAGACCAACUGAUAUGCCUCCAGAGUUACGGGACAUAGUACCAUUUGAUUCUUCGGAUGCAGCUGUUGAUUCUGCAGAGUACUAUGGAGAAAUGUUUUCACCACUCGGUAUUUCUGAGUAUGAGAUUGGGGCAGACGGUGAGAGUGAGGGAUGGAGGGAGGAUGGAAAUAUAUGAGAGAGAGGGGGAAAGGAGGAGAGAAGAGGAAGAUGGAGAGAGAGAAAGAGAGAUGGAGAGAGAGAGAGAGAGAUUGAGAUUCUGUAUUCUAAUUUUUUAGGUUAAAUGAGAUUUAAGGUUUGUUUUGCAAGGUACAAAGGAAAUAAAAACAUGCCUGUGUCAUUGGUCCCUGGGGUAAGAGCUGGUGCUACCAGAGGUACUGAGAUCUGAAGAAUCUGAAGAGGAUGACUGUCACGGUAUGUAUCUAUGUUCUCAGGUAUUAAGUAAUAUUACCGAUCUGAAUUCCCAGAAGUUAACUCUUUCUUGAUGUAUUUGCCGAUAUAUAUCGACGCAAGUCCGCACCCUUAGGGAAUGAAUUGCUGAUCUAUCGGCAAUGAUGGGGUGCCUCAGUUUUUUUGCAUUUUGACGUGAUCGUUAUUUAUAAGUACUUAUUAUUGUUAAUGAAAACUUUGAAAGGAUUUAGGUAACAAAAACAUAGUUUCACUUUGUCAAACCGUCAUUUUGGCGAUAGAUGAGUGGAUUCAUUCUUGCGGUGUUGCAUCAACAGAACGAUGUAGCCGGACUCGGUAGAAAUAUCAUAUUUCAAACAAAAAUUGGAAUGUUGCUUUCAAAUAAAAAGCUGUGCAUUCAGAAAUUUAUGGAUUAUGCUCUUGGCCUGUAUAUUCUUGUUGAAAGAUUGUUCAACAUGUUUGGCCUGUCUGGCAGGGGUUUUGACUGGUUCAGGUCCUACCUGAUUAGCCGAAUACAAUCUGUGGUUGUGCACGACUCUCGGAGUUACUCCAGGUUCAGUAUUGGAUCCAAUCUUGUAUACGUUAUAUACACAGCCGCUUGGAGCUGUGAUCAGAAAGCACAAUAUGAAUUAUCACAUGUACGCAGACGAUACACAGUUAUAUAAAUCUGUUCCACCAUCAGAUGUUAAAACCUUGCUUACCACCAUGGGUCUGUGCAUCGAUGACGUAAAAAAAUGGAUGAUUGAUAAUAUGCUCCACCUUAAUGAAAAUAAAACUGAAUUUCUUUUAUGUAUAUAUAUAAAAGCCAUAUCCCCGAAGACAUUGAUCAUAUUUGUACUGAAAAUGAAAAA